UAAAUCUUUAUAAACACAGAAAAAAAGUCACAGUGGAUAACAUCAUUAUAAACUACUUUUUUUUUUCUUCUUUUGACGACAUUGUGUGCAAAAAGCUCAUUCCAAAAAAAAAAAAAUUGUCAAGGUCUAUUUGUUAAACAAACAGCCCCUUUUGUUGGAGUAGCGCAUAAGCCAAUUAAACAGAUAUCCGUUCUACACCAAGCAGAUGAUCGAGAAACCAAUCAAAAUAUCAUGUAAAAGCAGCAUUCUAAAAAACAAGAGUUUUCAGGGCGUUGUUUGGAGACAAUGGGGCAUUAGUGUCAAGCCAAUCCAAUAUAAUAGUCACUCGUCUCUAAGUUCUUUCAUUGAUCAUGUUGAAUACCUUUUACAUGAAUCCUUUGAAACACCGCACAUAGUUUGCUACAAAGAACCCUUUAUUGUGCAACAAAUAGGGUGGGGUGCAUUUGAUUUAAAAGUGAUUUUUCAUUUUAAAGGUGAAAACAUACCACCACAAACAGUCAUGUUUGACUUAAACUUUGCAAAGGCAAAUUAUUCGGAAUAUUACACGCUGUAUUUACCAUCGGAUUUUGCUUUCAAGGGUCACGUAAAGCGAACAAGAGAAUCAUCUAUUUCUUCAGUGGAUUCAGCCAAUGGGGUUCCUAAUAAACCACACAAAAAGAGAGCCAAACAUUACUCUGAAUCAUCGGAAUCAUCUAUGACAUCAUCUAAUAUAUUAAGCGAUCGACAAGAGCAAGUUUAUGACGGCAAACUCAACCAGCAAAUAGGCUCCUGCAAUACAUUUACCCGAAAACAACAAACUGGUUCCGUCGUACAAAAUGCGUGGGAUGAUGCAUUAUUAUCCAAGAUGGAUAUUAAAAUAUUAGGCAACAGUUUAGAAGGAUUGGAUGAUGAGCAGUUAAGAAAGGUAUACGACAUGUUUUUCCAACAUGACCGAAGGAAUAUGAGUAUUGUUGAAACAAAAGACCAUGUCUUUAUUGAUCUUUAUACAGUGGGACCUUUACUUUUAAAAAAAUUAUGGGAAUUUACAAGAAAUAUCGAGAUGCAUCAUUAAAACAAGGAAAAAGAAAAAAGAAAAUAUGUCGGGUAGCAAUGCCUAGAUAUAUAACGCCUUAAUUUGUAACAACUAUUGUACCGAUACAUGUAACACUGUCUAUUUGCUGAUACUCUAUGGAAAUGAUAUAAUUCAAUUAUAAACCACCUAUUAUAACAAACAAUCUGCUUUAGCAAAAUAAUAAAAAUACCAGUCAUUAGUGAAAAACUAAUAAAUUAC